CCCAUUCAUGCCAACAGUCACCCGACACCAUACACCACACCAUACCACACGACACCACACCACACCGCACAUAAACGACACCGACACCUGUCUGUUUGUCUGCCUGUCUAUCCCCGGCACAUCAACCAACGCAUUCACAAACAGUCGGUCAUCACUCGGAUGUUAGAUACACGCACUUACACGCACCACAUGUACCAUGCAUGCCGCGAAUGAAUAAAUGAAUUUGCACCACAGAGAGCACGCAACGAAACAACAGCACACAUACACGGACAUGCCCCCCCAGACCUUUCCCAGACCUGAUGCGUUCGUCUCAUCCAUCUCAUCCAUUUAUGGCCGCCUUCUGUUAGUUAUUUGGCACGACGCGCGAUGCGAUCGAUGCAUUCAUUCAGGGACGGCGCCUAUUGUGUGAUGGCCAGGGCAGACGCCCGCCCAUACCCGGGUGUGGGCCAUUACGGCUGCCACCUCCCCCUCUGCUCCCUUGCUCUACCUGUCCGCCGCCCCCAGCCACACACAAGACGGCAACAGUACAUGUCGCGGACUCAUCUUCCUCUGAUGGCUCCGACAGUAAUCGUGUCACCGUCACAUCGACGGUUUGCACUUCUGUAGAUGGCCGCCGACAAGUCAGCGAGAAGUGCAUGCUGUCGUGGUCAUAGACGAGCUCCCCCUCUUCGUCGGGCAGGACAUGGUGCGCAGGGGUGAUCUGAGGCGGAUGCCGUUUGCUCAUCGGUAGGCCCUUAAGGACGUGGUUGACAGGGUAGGUGUAUGGCGAGGAGCCCACGAGGGCCAAGAGAGGCGUGCCGAGAUCCGGGCAGGUGAGCAAUGCUGGCUCAGCGGCAGCGGCGGGCACGUGGGGGCAGUCGAUGUGCACCAAACAGUCCACAGAACGGCCGGCGUCAUCGAUAACGAUUGCCCACAUCUGGGCAUCCACAGGCCGGUCCUCUCCCUCCGUCACACACGACACCAUCAAGGCUUGCUCGUCCUCAUCAAAGGCCACAUCCAUGUGGCCGUAAGAAUUUGGAUAGAAGGAGAAGUUGCCCGCCGCAAAGCUGUCGGCAGCUUCCAUGCUGUCGGCUGUAUGCUGGGGCCCGGUGAGAGGGGGCGAGAAGAGAAAGGGGAGGGGCAGGGUGAGGAAUUGGGUUGAGGCUGGGAUGGCCAUCACGGGAGGGGUGGCCGGGCACGUGAAGCUGCCCACAUCCUCAUCAACUUCCCCACCGAAUAAGGCUGCAUCUUCGUCUUCGCACUCGAUCUGCAGCGGACAGCUGCCCUUUGCCAACAGGCUGUUGUGCAGCUGGUCGACAAUGGUGAUGUUGACAAGCUCUCUUCGCCUCCCCUUCGUCUCACACAGGGUCUCAAGCACCUGCUUCUGACGCGCGUGGGCGCUUCCCUUGAGUGCGCGCGGCUGGCGAAAGCGAGAAAGGGACGUCACCUCGUACCUGCGAGCGCAUCCAUGAACACCCACACAGAGGCACUCGCAGCAAGGUUCGAUCACAUCACACGCAGUCAUGUGCAUGCUAGCAAUGCUUACUUACAGGAUUGGGUAGCGUCGUUUGGCCUUGUCGACGUUGCCCUUGAGCCGCCUGCGGUUCUGCGCCAGAAUGGCAGUUGUGUUGGCUUUGUAGGGGAAAAGCCUUUCGAUGUACUCUGUGGUAAUGUCGCCCACCAACCCAGUAAUGGUCGGCGCCUGACUGGGGCAGGGGAACGUCGGCAGCUCAUCCGGCGAGUCUUUCCGCAGCAGGUCUUCAAGGAAUGUCUGUUCUUCGGUGUCUGUGGUGUCAAAGCCAAUGGGGCAGUCCCCACCACAGGGCGCAGACUCGGGGCUCUCUCUCGUAGGUGCCUCCUUGGACCGUGCGCCAUGACGCGUCCUUGCCUGUUGCGUGUCUGGGGAAGGCCUGACGCCGCUGACAUUAUCGCUGAGCCAAACGCAAAGCAGCAGGGCGCUGAGAAGCGGCCCUGUCCUCAUCUUCUUCAUCGCCGGGCACACCAAUCGGGUGGCGAUCUCGGGCACCUUCUCCGCCAGCCUCGAAGCAGCGUCUUUUUUAAAAGUACAAUGCGGCUGACUAUUAUUUCGUCAGAGCCUCGGAAGCUCAUUGGGCUUCCUUGGACCGCCGAGACAUUGUUCGAUGGGACCCCUCUCUCCCCUCUUGCGUAAGGAUGCG